GGGUCAGAGAGGAAAAGCUGUACAGUAGGAACUGUGUGGUCCUGUGAGAGUGCAUUGCGUGUGCAAAGCAAAAGAAGAUCCCUUUGGAAAGGCAAAAGAAGGGAUACAAUCUCGCAGGUUUACAAUAGCGAGAUGUGUGAUUCUAAGAGAAUGCCUCGGUGUCAUUGACGGCCAGGGUUGUUUAAGCUGGUGUGGGAAAGUAAAGAGCUCAGGAGAUUCUGUUAUUGAAGAUAAUUGUGUUUAAUGAAGGAUUAGUUACUUCGGUAUUAAUCACUAUCGACAUACCAAAGCCUUAAAGAAAACUGAAUGAAAACUGGUGUCCAGUGACUUUUAACAACCAACCUUGCUGCACGAACUACUCAACGCAAUAAUCUGGUAAGAGGUGGCAAAACCAAAGAUACUCUUGUUUACUUAUUGUGGUCUCAACAAGCUGACAUGAAACUCUCACCACUUAUUCUGCUUUUGGCCAUUCUAAAUGCUGAAUUGAUUGGAGUCCUUGGUACAAGCUUAAAGUCACAGCGGUUUAAAGGACGUGUACAGCGUGACCGAAGAAACAUCAGGCCCAACAUUAUUCUCAUCAUCACAGACGAUCAGGAUGUGGAGCUUGGUUCCCUUCAGGUGAUGAACAAAACCAGAAGACUCAUGGAGCAAGGUGGUGCUCAUUUCACCAAUGCCUUUGUAACCACUCCAAUGUGCUGUCCAUCACGAUCUUCCAUGCUGACAGGAAAGUAUGUCCACAAUCACAAUACGUACACAAACAAUGAGAAUUGCUCCUCACCUUCGUGGCAGGCUACGCAUGAAACACGCACAUUCGCUGUGUUUCUAAACAACACAGGCUACCGAACAGCAUUCUUUGGGAAAUACCUCAAUGAAUAUAAUGGCAGCUACAUCCCACCAGGCUGGCGAGAGUGGGUUGGACUUAUAAAGAAUUCCCGUUUUUAUAACUACACCCUCAGUCGGAACGGCUUUAAGGAGAAGCAUGGAUUUGAUUAUUCCAAGGAUUACUUUACAGAUGUGAUCACCAACGACAGUAUCAAUUAUUUCCGCAUAUCCAAGAAGAUAUAUCCACACAGGCCUGUUCUCAUGGUCAUCAGUCAUGCAGCACCCCAUGGCCCUGAGGAUUCGGCACCACAGUUUUCAGAGCUCUUUCCCAAUGCCUCACAGCACAUUACACCUAGCUAUAACUAUGCUCCAAACAUGGACAAACACUGGAUUAUGCAGUUCACAGGAGCUAUGAGGCCGAUCCAUAUGGAAUUUACCAACAUUCUCCAGAGAAAGAGACUGCAGACACUUAUGUCAGUUGAUGACUCAGUGGAUAGGAUAUUUCAGAUGCUUGCAGAGACUGGGGAACUGGACAACACCUAUGUCAUCUAUACUGCAGACCAUGGUUACCACAUUGGGCAAUUUGGACUGGUAAAGGGAAAAUCAAUGCCAUAUGACUUUGAUAUCCGGGUUCCUUUCUUUGUUCGUGGACCAAAUGUGGAACCAGGGUCAAUUAUUCCUCAACUGGUUCUGAAUAUUGACCUCGCUCCCACCAUCUUGGAUAUUGCAGGACUUGAUGUUCCACCAGAUAUGGACGGCAAGUCUAUACUGAAACUAUUGGAAUCUGAGAAACCAAGGAACAGAUUCCGUUCAAAUAAAAAGGCUAGGAUCUGGCGUGACACAUUCCUCAUUGAGAGAGGCAAGUUACUCCGUAAGAAAGAAGAGGGAGCUGGUGAUGCGCAACAAACCAAUUACCUCCCUAAAUAUGAAAGAGUGAAAGAAGUGUGCCAACAGGCAAAGUACCAGACAGCCUGUGAACAACCAGGGCAGAAGUGGCAGUGCGUCGAAGAUGCUACAGGAAAACUUCGACUCCACAAGUGCAAAGGGACAACAAAAAUGCCAGCUGGCAGCAAGAAAAGUAAAAGCCUGCGCACUCAGACGUACAGCAGUAAGGAUUGUGAGUGCUCAGAGAGUAGCUACAGGAUGAGUCCAUCUGAGAGAAGAAACCAGAGACAGUUCCUCAGGAUCCACACGACUCACAAAUUUAAACCUCGCUUCAUUCAUACUCGGCCAAUCCGCUCGGUUUCAGUUGAAUUAGAAGGUGAGAUUUAUGACAUUGACCUGGAAAUUAAAGAACUCAAGUCUCUGAUGGCAAAAAAUAUGAGCGCAGCCUAUUCCCGAGAGGAAAGCCUGGCUGAAGAGGGAGACGAGAACAAGGACAUGAUUGCUGAGGAUGGCAGGAAGGCUGAUGCAUCGCUGCUAGAUUCAGUCAAGGUCACACACAAGUGUUUCAUUCUUGCCAAUGACACAGUGCAUUGUGAGAAAGAGCUGUACCAGUCAGCUAGAGCAUGGAAGGACCACAAGAGCUACAUAGACAAAGAGAUUGAAGCUCUUCAAGACAAAAUAAAGAAUCUGAGAGAAGUGAGAGGCCACCUAAAAAGAAAGAAACCUGAGGAAUGUGACUGCAACAAAAAGAGUUAUUUUAGUAGAGCUAAAGGAAUGAGAAACCAAGGGAAACUGAAGAACAAGAACAAUCAUCUCCAUCCCUUUAGGGAAGUGGCUCAGGAGGUAGACAGUAAACUGCAACUGUUUAAGGAGAAUCGGAGAAAGAAGAAAGAUCGUAAAAUAAAGAAACGCUUGAGGAAGGGAGAUGACUGUAGCCUUCCUGGUCUGACCUGCUUCACACAUAAUAAUGACCACUGGCAAACGCCACCUUACUGGAACUUAGGAUCCUUCUGUGCUUGUACAAGUUCUAACAAUAACACUUACUGGUGUUUGCGAACCAUCAAUGAGACUCACAACAUCCUCUUCUGCGAAUUUGCUACAGGUUUCCUUGAAUAUUUUGACAUGAACAGUGAUCCAUAUCAACUGACGAAUACCGUACACAUGGUAGAACGGGAAGUUCUUAAUCAGUUGCACAUUCAGUUAAUGGAGCUGAGAAGUUGCCAAGGACACAAACAGUGCACUCCACGGGCUAAAAGUGUGGAAUCAGCAGAGGGCAGCUAUGGGAUGGAUGGGAAGGCUAAUCCAAUUAAACUGCCAAACUUCACAGAAUAUAUCAACUGGGAAGGACUUGAAAACUUGUACAGUGUGGAUGAAAGCUUGUUUGAACACAGGCCUAAUUAUAGCCUUAGCUUUGGAGACUGGACUAAUUACUGGAAGGAUGUAGAUAGAACAUUUGCACUGUUGAAGACUUUUUCUGGACACAUUAAAACUUCCGAGCCCAUUGCAUUGACUAAGGGCGGGACUCUUGAUUUAUUGACCAUUGACACCACAGCACUGGACAUGGCAUCUACUGCAUCGCCUAUUUUGGAAAAUGUGUUCUCUACUGAGCCAGAGGGUGAAUCUAGUGGCCUGACUGUAUGGGAGAUAAAAGAAGAACAACCUGCCGUACUUAUAGACUCCAUGAGUACAACCCUAAACUUUACAAGUGGCAACAGCGCAAAGGAGAAAGUGAUAAAUUACAAUCGCAUACCAGAUAAGCAUUUUUCAAAUUCUGAACGGUGGAGACAUAAUCGGACACAAGAACUGGUAAAAGAAUGGGUGGAGCUGGAAAAUGAUCUGGGUGUCAGUGGAAAUGGCCUGAUGGAGAUUGAGACCAGAAACAGCUUCUUACUACAGCCAAGUAGUAUGCUUCCAUCACCGAGCAAUCAGAAUGAAGUGCAGGAUGAGAAGCUGAACAUAUUUGAAGAUCAAACGUACCUUCCUGCUGGUUCUGUUGGUCAGUUUUAUCGUAAAGCUGGCACAAUUCCUCGUGAAGCCAGUGUCAGCAGCAAUGAGAGAUCGGCAAGUGACCAACUUCAGGAAGAGCCCCCAAACAGUGGAGAAGGAAUCCAAGGGAAUUUCAGCAUAGAAGGCAGUGCCUUUCCCCCACCGUCCUUUCAUUAA